AUGUCCUCCAACAGCUUCUCUCACCCGUAUUCAACCCAUCACUCUCCUCCAGACCGUAGUACCACCAUCACUUCCUCCAAACAGUACCAACACGUCCACUUCCUUCCAACAGGCUACCCACCAUACCACCUCCGUCACUUCCAUCUCAACAAUAGUUCCCACCACACAUAUCACAUAUACAUCAUCCUCUUGUCAAAUAGAUACCACCUUCCACCCCCGUCACUUUCCGUCCACAGCAAUCUGAGGUACCACCACCACUACGUCACUUCCUCCAACUCCAGUACAAUCACCUUCCUCCAACAGUACCACCAUUCAUUUCCUCUCAACAGUUACGCACCUAUUUCACUUCCUCCACAGUACCACCAUCACCUUGCCUCCAUAAAGUACCAUCAUCACUCCCUCCAAACAGUACACCAUCACUUCCUCCCAACUAGUACCAGCCAUCAGCUUCCUCCAAACAGUACCACCCAUCAUUUCCUCCAACCAGUACCACCAUCAUUUCCUCCAACGGUACCACCAUCACUUCCUCCCACAACAGUCACCAUCCACUUCCUCCAACAACAGUACCACCACCACUUCCCUCCCAACUCAACAUACCCCACGCCACCACCCUCGUCAGCAGUUCCUCCACACAAUAGUACCACUCUCCACCACCGUCAUCCUUCUCCAACAAUAGUACCACCUCCACCAUCUCGUGUGCACAACUUCCUCCUCGUCAACCUCAGUUCAUCUUCCACCGCCGCCACUUUCCUUCCAACAGUUGCCACUCUUCACCACUCACGUUCCAUCCAGACCACUAACCAGUUCCACCACUCUCCAUCACUUCCUCCAACGAGACGAGUGAGAGCGGCGAUCCCUACCACCGUCACUUCCUCACCAAUAGUCCCACCAACCAACGUACCACUCCCACGCACCGUCACUUCCUAUCAACCAGUUGUCCAUCUCCACCACCGUCAAUUUUCCUCCAACAAGCGUUCACCUCCUCCAACAACAGUUCCAUCUCCAACACCAUCUACUUCAACACCAGUUCCGUCUCCAACACCAAUUCCAUCUGCAACACCAGUUCCAUCUCCAACAUCAGUUCCAUCAGCAACGCCAUUUCUCAUCUCCAACACCAGUUCCAUCUCUACAACACCAUCUCCCAACCAUAAUCUCCACCAAGUUGCAUCUCCAACAGUUAGUCUCCUAUCCUCCAACACGCCCAGUCGCAUCCAACCCAGUUCCAUCUCCAACGCCAGUUCCAUCUCAACACCAUAUACAUCAUCCAACACAGUUCCACCUCCAAACACCAGUUCUCUCUCGCCAGUUCCAUCUCCAACGCCAGUUCAUCUCAACACAGUUUCCAAUCUCUACUCACCAGUUCCAUCUCCAAACCAGUUCACAGUCUACCAUCAUCUCCAACCACCAGUUCCACCCAGUUCCAUCUCCAACACCAUUCCAUCUCCAACACCAUCCACCUACCAAACACCAGUUUCCAUCUCCAAUACCAUCACCUACUCCAACACCAGUUCCAUCUCCAACGCCAGUUCCAUCUCCAGUACCAUCACCUACUCCAACACCAGUUCCAUCUCCAACGUCCCUCCAAAAGUUCCAGUCUCUUCCAUCUCCAACACCAUUCCAUCUCCACACCAGUUCCAUUCUCCAACACCAGUUCCAUCUUCACCAUCCACCUUCUCCAACACCAGUUCCAUCCUCCAUCUACCAUCACCUACUCCAACACCAGUUCCAUCUCCAGUACCACACCAGCCAUCUCCAACGCCAGUUUCAUCUCCAACACCAGUUCCAUCUCCAUUCCAUCUCCCCAUCACCUCUCCAACCAGUCCAGUUCCAUCUCCAACACCAGUUCCAUCUCCAGAUCCAUCUCACAAUUCCAUCUCCGACACCGUCACCACUCUCAACCCACCAUUCCAUCUCCAACACAGUUCCAUCUCCAACACAGUUCCAUCUCCCAAUCCAUCUCCAACACCAUUCCAUCUCCACACCAUUCCAUCUCCAAACACCAGUUCCAUCUCCUACACCAGUUCCAUCUCCAAACACCCAGUUCCAAUCUCCUUCCAGUUUCCAAUCUCCACACCAGUUCCAACACCAGUUCCAUCUCCAACGCCACAUCUUACACCAGUCUCCAUCUACCCACCAGUUCCAUCUCCAACACCAUUCCAUCUCCAACGCCAGUCCAUCUCCUACAACCAGGUCCAUCUCCAACCACCAGUUCCAUCUCCAGUAUCUACCAGUUCCAUCUCCAACGCCAGUUCCCAUCUCAACGCCAAUUCCAUCUCCAACACAGUUCACACAACACUACACCAGUUCCAUCUCCUACACCAUUCCAUCUCCUACACCUGUUCCAUCUCUAUCACCACCAGUCCUACACCAGUUCCAUUCUCCAACACCUGUUCCAUCUCCAACACCAGUUCCAUUCUCCCACCAGUCCAUCUCCUACACAGUUUCCCUCCCUACACCAGUUCCAUCUCCAACACCAGCUUCCAUUCUCCAACACCAGCCAGUUCCAUCUCCAACGACGCAGUUCCAUUCCACCAGUUCCAUUUUCCAUCUCAACACCAGUUCCAUCUCAACACCAGUUCCAUCUCCCUACACCAGUUCCCUCCACAACCAGCUCCCAUCUCCAACCACCAGUUUCCAUCUCCAACACCAUUCCAUCUCCUACACCAGUAG